AUGAGUGUAUUUAUACCCGUAUCUAUUUAUUUGCGGGUGUACUAUCUAUCUAUCUAUCUAUCUAUCUAUCUAUCUAUCUAUCUCUGUUCAAUAUCUAUCUAUCUAUCUAUGUUCAAUAUCUAUCUAUCUAUCUAUCUCUGUUCAAUAUCUAUCUAUCUAUCUAUCUCUGUUCAAUAUCUAUCUAUCUAUCUAUGUUCAAUAUCUAUCUAUCUACCUAUCUAUGUUCAAUAUCUAUCUAUCUAUCUAUCUAUCUAUCUAUCUAUCUAUCUCUGUUCAAUAUCUAUCUAUAUAUCUAAUGUCCGCUAUAUUCUGGGUCCUACGCUUUUUCUGAUCUACAAUGAUUCUCAAUGUCUAUAUAAAUUUAUCUAUCUAUCUAUCUAUCUAUCUAUCUAUCUAUCUAUCUACGUCUGUUCAAUAUCUAUCUAUCUAUGUUCAAUAUCUAUCUAUGUAUCUACGUCUGUUCAAUAUCUAUCUAUCUAUCUAUCUAUCUAUCUAUCUAUCUAUCUAUCUAUCUAUGUCUGUUCAAUAUCUAUCAAUCUAUCUAUCUAUCUAAUUGUGCUGGUCAGCAGCGUCUCUGUCCUCGGACAGUGUGCGGCACAUUUGCGUCUCUAUUCUCGGGCCGAGUGCUGGUCAGCUGCGUCUCUGUCCUCAGACAGUGUGCGGCACAGUUGCGUCUCUAUUCUCGGGCAGAGUGCUGGUCAGCUGCGUCUCUGUCCUCGGACGGUGUGCGGCACAGUGGCGUCUCUAUUCUCGGGCAGUGUGCUGGUCAGCUGCGUCUCUGUCCUCGGACAGUGUGCGGCACAGUUGCGUCUCUAUUCGCGGGCAGAGGGCUGGACCGAGUGCUGGUCAGCUGCGUCUCUGUCCUCGGACAGUGUGCGGCACAGUUGCGUCUCUAUUCUCGGGCCGAGUGCUGGUCAGCUGCGUCUCUGUCCUCGGACAGUGUGCGGCACAGUUGCGUCUCUAUUCUCGGGCAGAGUGCUGGUCAGGUGCGUCUCUGUCCUCGGACAGCGUGCGGCACAGUUGCGUCUCUAUUCUCGGGCAGUGUGCUGGUCAGCUGCGUCUCUGUCCUCGGACAGUGUGCGGCACAGUUGCGUCUCUAUUCUCGGGCAGAGGGCUGGUCAGCUGCGUCUCUGUCCUCGGACAGUGUGCGGCACAGUUGCGUCUCUAUUCUCGGGCAGAGGGCUGGUCAGCUGCGUCUCUGUCCUCGGACAGUGUGCAGCACAUUUGCGUCUCUAUUCUCGGGCAGUGUGCUGGUCAGCUGCGUCUCUGUCCUCGGCCAGUGUGCGGCACAUUUGCGUCUCUAUUCUCGGGCCGAGUGCUGGUCAUCUGCGUCUCUGUCCUCGGACAGUGUGCGGUACAUUUGCGUCUCUAUUCUCGGGCAGAGUGCUGGUCAGCUGCGUCUCUGUCCUCGGACAGUGUGCGGCACAGUUGCGUCUCUAUACUCGGGCAGUGUGCUGGUCAGCUGCGUCUCUGUCCUCGGACAGUGUGCGGCACAGUUGCGUCAUAUUCUCGGAAAGAGGGCUGGUCAGCUGCGUCUCUGUCCUCAGACAGUGUGCGGCACAGUUGCGUCUCUAUUCUCGGGCAGGGUGCUGGUCAGCUGCGUCUCUGUCCCCGGACAGUGUGCGGCACAGUUGCGUUUCUAUUCUCGAGCAGAGUGCUGGUCAGUUGCGUCUCUGUCCUCAGACAGUGUGCGGCACAGUUGCGUCUCUAUUCUCGGGCCGAGUGCUGGUCAGCUGCGUCUCUGUCCUCGGACAGUGUGCGGCACAGUUGCGUCUCUAUUCUCGGGCCGAGUGCUGGUCAGUUGCGUCUCUUUCCUCGGACAGUGUGCGGCACAGUUGCGUCUCUAUUCUCGGGCAGUGUGCUAGUCAGUUGCGUCUCUGUCCUCAGACAGUGUGCGGCACAGUUGCGUCUCUAUUCUCGGGCAGAGGGCUGGUCAGCUGCGUCUCUGUCCUCGGACAGUGUGCGGCACUGUUGCGUCUCUAUUCUCGGGCAGAGUGCUGGUCAGUUGCGUCUCUGUCCUCAGACUGUGUGCGGCACAGUUGCGUCUCUAUUCUCGGGCAGAGUGCUGGUCAGCUGCGUCUGUGUCCUCGGACAGUGUGCGGCACAUUUGCGUCUCUACUCUCGGGCAGAGUGCUGGUCAGCUGCGUCUGUGUCCUCGGACAGUAUGCGGCACAGUUGCGUCUCUAUUCUCGGGCAGAGGGCUGGUCAGCUGCGUCUGUGUCCUCGGACAGUAUGCGGCACAUUUGCGUCUCUAUUCUCGGGCAGAAGGCUGGUCAGUUGUGUCUCUGUCCUCAGACAGUGUGCGGCACAUUUGCGUCUCUAUUCUCGGGCAGAGUGCUGGUCAGCUGCGUCUCUGUCCUCGGACAGUGUGCGGCACAGUUGCGUCUCUAUUCUCGGGCAGAAGGGUGGUCAGCUGCGUCUCUCCUCGGACAGUGUGCGGCACAGUUGCGUCUCUAUUCUCGGGCAGAGUGCUGGUCAGUUGCAUCUGUGUCCUCGGACAGUGUGCGGCACAGUUGCGUCUCUAUUCUCGGGCAGAGGGCUGGUCAGUUGCGUCUCUGUCCUCGGACAGUGUGCGGCACAGUUGCGUCUCUAUUCUCGGGCAGAGUGCUGGUCAGUUGCGUCUCUGUCCUCAGACAGUGUGCGGCACAGUUGCGUCUCUAUUCUCGGGCAGAGUGCUGGUCAGCUCCGUCUCUGUCCUCGGACAGUGUGCGGCACAAUUGCGUCUCUAUUCUCGGGCAGAGGGCUGGUCUGCUCCGUCUCUGUCCUCGGACAGUGUUCGGCUCAUUUGCGUCUCUAUUCUCGGGCAGAGGGCUGGUCAGCUGCGUCUCUGUUCUCGGGCAGUGA